UUCCAGCAUUGGUUCAUAAACUUUGUGGCUUGUGAGCCCUUAAAAUGAAGCCGUGAUUGAUCAUCUCUCAUUGCAAUUUAUGGCCUUAGUGUUGACUUAAGUUAUCAGUUCAAACGAAAAAUGUUUUUUUUCUUUUUGUUCCUCCUGAGUUUAUUUAAUUUAAAGGAGUUUUAGACAGCUGCCAAGAAGAAAGUGUCAAACAUUUUGCAGGAAUUUAAAAACAAAAGAAAAGGAAAAAAGCCAGAGCAAGAUUUUCCUACACAACUUCACCUACUUUAAUGGUGCACUGAAAAGAGAAAAAGGAGGUCAGAUCUCCAGCCAAACUUUAAGUAUACAGAACAACUUUAUUAUCAGACCAGUGACUCUGAUAAAGGCCACAAGCCAAAACGCAUUGGUCUGAGAAUGAACAUGUUCUUCAUACUACAAGUGUUACUGGAGAUAUGACCUCUGCACAGAAGCCAAAACAAACAUAAUUUUUGUUAAACAGAAAUAUCUACUCUCUUCCGACUUAGGGCCUCAGGGACUUGGGAACCACUGCUUUACAGCAUGCCACCAUGUCUGAAUCACGUGUGUCCACAUCCAGGCCCUUCAAAUAGCUUCAUGUUGCCUGUUAUAAAGUAAUCAGCUGACAUUUCAAAGCAAAGAAUCUAUUCCCUGACCUUUCUGUGUGUGCCAAGGCAUUUUGAUACAGAGAGCUUUCUCUCCUUUCAUCUCUUAAAUAUGUGAGCCUGGAACCAAUCACUUGCCUUUGAACUGAUGACUUGGGGAAACGAUGCAGUAAAACAGGGAAAAACUAUUCAAGGAAAGAGACUCGCUAUUCAGAACGCCUGUGAGAAAAGUUUGAUUUUAAUGAGCGCCGCCGGUUCAUUUCGGCUUUGCCUUUCAGAAGCUCACAAUCACAAUCCUUUUACUUAUGACAUUGCAGUAAGAGAACAAAUUAGAUAAAUUUCCUGUUUCGAAUCUAUAGCAGCAUAGUGUAUCUCAUCACCUUCAUUUUAAUAAAGGCAACUGCAGUUUGUAAUCAUACAAGUUAGUUGGCAUCAUGGUGGAGGGUGGUGUGUAAUGUUCAGCACCACUAAGGAGUUGUCCAUUUUCCAAGGGCCAAACAUAACUGAGCUGAACAUGCUGUGUAAGGCUUUUUUAAGUCUUAAAAUAACACCUGCUCUGUGUCACAUCAUGGGAGAAGGUCGAUUUAGGGCAACGCUGAGCUAAUAUCCCCCCUUUGAGAAAUAAUUGAUGAGUGACCCGUGUGUGUGUGUGCGAGAGAGAGAGAGAGUGUGUGUGUGUGCAUGCGCAUGCCUGUUAUUUUUGUUCUGGGGACAGAAGGAAGCAUGCUCCAUUCCACUUGCCUGGGCAUCAUAAUACUUUUAUACCAUGUUAUGAGACAAUAAAGUGGUUGGACAAACAUCUCAGCCAGUGCCCAGACUCUCAUUGUGAGUUUGCUCCCACCAAUACCAAAACAUCAACACAUUGCAUGUUGCUUGGUAACUAAUGGACAGCUAUAAGUGGGAACUAUACAGUACUGCAGGCAUGCUAUACUGUGUGCUGUAAUUAUCACGAUUUAAAAAUGAUGGUUUCUCUUGAUAAUUUUGUUGCCAUGGUCCUAAAACAGACUGGCUUUGUUUAACCUGAGUCUUAUUAAAUAUAUUUAAUAUAUUAAUUUCCAUUCAUAUCAAACCAUAAUUAAACUCAAAUUACAAAAAUCACUUCAAACAAAGUGAAAUCGUAGCUAUGCCCUGAACAAUAACACGGAGGAGAUAAAUGUUCCUUCCUGCAGGCGGGUGAAUAAUUACACUAUCCAACCGUGGAUCAUACGUGAUCCCUACCUCCCACGUUAUGGCAGGAUAAUUGUGUUGCCAUGGCGAUGCAAUCUGCUGCUAACACUUUGGUCCUACACCAGAUUGGAACCAGAGGGAAGUCCACAGCCUCACAUUCAUGUACAUGUGUAAUAACUGGCUGGAGAAGCGGUCUGCUGAAUGUUUGCAGAAAAUGUUUGGGCAUGCAGAGGUUAUCUGUGUGUUGUGUUAAUAAAGGGCAGAGAAAUUCUUCAUUAGCAUCUUAUUCUGCUGGUGGGUUCAUCUUUAUAAACAUAUGCUGUGUGGCAAGGAAUUAUUCAAACCCACAGAACUUUAUUCUAACUUCCAAAGACACCAAAUAUGUUUGGCGGAAAUAUUUCCAUGUGAUAGGGCAGUGCAAUAGUAGCAGUUGGAUUGUAGAUCUUCAAAUUUCUUUUCUCCAUUUGGCUUGAAUUCUCAGCAUAUCAAACUCUUAACCAGUAGAGUAGCUGCUCUGGAGCUUUCAGUCUUACCAUGAUCUUCUUCAGCAAAAAGUAUUGAAGAAAUUGUCUUUUAAGCUAAGGUGGACAAGAAGUCCUCAGAAAAAUUUAAACUUGAAAAUCUGAAAUUCUAUAACAACUAAGCAAUUUCAUAGGCUGAGGAAGAUCUUGUGAUUUGAUGGAAGUCAGUUUCUAAAUGGACUUUGGGGAGCGGCUCAAUCCGGUGAAGUAAAUUUCCUGGUCUCAAAAUAUCACCAUAAAUCCAAGAACAGCUUGUGUUUUCACAGACCCACCUGCAGGUACGCCUACCUGUAACUUUGCAUUUGUGGCAUAAUGAAAUCCUCGAUAUGAUUGAUAAAAUUGCACAAAUAUGGUGCUUUUUUUUCUGUGUUUGCUUUUUCAGUGCGUGGUAGGCUUCAUGCAUAUCAAUCCAACUUUUGUGAACGAUGAGUGGGCGUGAGAGUGGAAAGCUGGGCAGCUGGGUGUCAAAGGGUUACAAAUACAUGAGCUCCCCAGAGUGGUUCAGAGCAGUGGAGCAGAAGCAUGUUGUAGUAGCAAUGACGGCCGUGUGUUCAUGCCGCAGGCUCCCUCAGGACCCAAACUUACUGUUUGAUAAGCAAAAUCACCAUGUGGAGAAUUAAUCACCUCAUCAUAAAGUGGCAGUUUCUUUCAAUUAGUUAUCCAAUAAUGAAAUCCAUUAAGAAACCAGUUGAUUGGUGUGAGAGUAUUUCACACUGACUUCAUUGUUGUGGACGCGUAGCAGGUGGUUUAUUAUUUAUUUCUCUCCUGAAGGAUCCUUAACCUCUCCUCCUCCCACGCAGACCUCCCAGGCGCUCCUCAUCGCCGGAGGCUCCAUGCGAGAAGCGCAAGCCGCUUGGUAGUAAAACGAGAGAUAACAGUGAUGACGAUGAUGAGGGGAGAUGCAGUGUGUGGGCUACACUAGUUCAUUAUCGGUUGCGUGGUGGAGAGAGGCAUCCACAUGACAGUGUGAGGAGCGUCUUGGACACACAGAGCUGUCUUCUUCAGAGAGAACAAACAAUUCAAGACGGAAGGAUCUGUCUCCUUAUCACAGCUUGACUCCACUGAAGGGCAGAAACAGGUUUCCCAUGAGACCUGCCUCCUAGAUCAGGUGCUGGAGCUGAUUAUGAAUGAGAAGCCUCCCACCAGCGCCAGUCUUUUCCUAAACGAGGACGCGGACAAACCUCCCCUGCCAGAGAAAGGAGAUUUGAGGAGGCGUUUACGCAGGGCCAUGGAGAGGAGAGCCAACAGCAUGAAGGAGAGGAUGAACUCUGUCAGUAGGGACUGCAUCAGAGGUUUUCUCAAAAGGAACCUGUUUGUUCUGUUCACUGUCGCUGCCGUGGCUCUGGGUGUACUCUUGGGCUUUGCUUUACGGCCUCAUAACCUGUCCCUGAGGGAGGUCAAGUACUUUGCCUUUCCUGGGGAGCUCCUGAUGAGAAUGCUACAGAUGCUGGUGCUGCCUCUCAUUGUUUCCAGUCUAGUCACAGGUAUUUCCUCUUUGGACAGCAAAGCAUCAGGUAAGAUGGGUAUUCGCGCAGUGGUCUACUACAUGGUGACCACUCUGAUUGCAGUGUUCAUCGGCAUCGUCAUCGUGAUAAUCAUCCGGCCGGGGAAAGGCAGCAGAGACAGUCCUGUGGCCAACAGUGGAAACAUAGAGCCAGUCCAGGCUGCUGAUGCUUUCCUGGAUCUCAUCAGGAACAUGUUUCCUCCUAAUCUGGUUGAGGCUUGUUUCAAGCAGUAUAAAACUGUGUAUAAGAAAAUUGUGCACACAAGGAAUGUGACGGUGACCCUGAACCUCACCGACUAUCUCAACACAACAGAGUCAAAGCUGAGCAUGAACCUCAGCAGAGUGCUGCACACCAUACAGGAGACAGUAGAGGAGACGGUCCCUGUGUCCGGCUCCUCUGCUGGAGUGAACGCUCUGGGUUUGGUGGUUUUUUCCAUGUGCUUCGGUCUCGUCAUUGGUAACAUGAAACAGCAGGGCCAGGCCCUCAGGGACUUCUUUGACUGCCUGAAUGAAGCCAUUAUGAGGCUGGUCUCCAUCAUCAUUUGGUAUGCUCCAGUGGGCAUCCUGUUCCUGAUUGCAGGAAAGAUUGUGGAGAUGAAGAACCUGGCAGAGGUGGGCAGCCAGCUGGGGAUGUACACCGUGUCGGUUAUUGUGGGUCUCCUCAUCCACGGUCUGUUUGUCCUGCCUCUGCUCUACUUCCUGGUGACCAGGAAGAAUCCCUACAGCUUCAUUGGUGGCCUGCUGCAAGCGCUCAUCACUGCUCUGGGAACCUCCUCUAGCUCUGCUACCCUGCCUAUCACCUUUCGUUGUCUGGAGGAGAACAACCGUGUGGAUAAACGAGUGACACGUUUCGUCCUCCCUGUGGGUGCCACUAUCAACAUGGACGGCACUGCCCUCUACGAGGCUGUGGCAGCAAUAUUUAUUGCUCAAGUCAAUGACAUGGACCUUAACUUUGGCCAGAUUCUGACCAUCAGUAUCACGGCAACUGCUGCCAGCAUCGGAGCAGCAGGCAUCCCUCAGGCUGGCCUGGUUACCAUGGUGAUCGUAUUGACAUCGGUGGGACUGCCCACCGAGGACAUAACACUGAUCAUCGCUGUGGAUUGGUUCUUGGACCGCUUGCGUACCACCACCAACGUGUUAGGUGAUUCGCUUGGGGCCGGGAUUGUGGAGCACCUUUCCCGAGGAGAGCUGCAGAGUCAGGAUGCUGAGUUGCGCAACUCUGUAAUUGAAGAGAAUGAGAAGCCCUACCAGCUUAUCUGUCAGGAAAAUGAUUCACUCAAUCACUGCAACAGUGAGACCACAAUGUGAAGAGUGACACCCUUAAGGGCUUUAUGUACCAAAAGCAUUUUAGCUGAAAGAUUGGCUUGCAAUGGUACAGGGUCUUUAGAAGUUUUUGGUCAACUCUACCAGUGCUUAGGGCAAUACAAAUUCCGGCCUGGGGCUGUUUGAUGACAGGAUUUAUGUACACAUGCUGUCUAGGAACAUUUACUAUUCCUACAAUCUGACACAGUCAGUGCCAGGUAUUUGGGGGCAUUUUGUUGUUUGAUGACUGUUUUAUUCAGUGUCAGGUAAGUUCAAUAUGUCAGCGACAAGUGAAAGUCAUUUUUAAUAAGUCUUCAGCUUCAUCAAGUCUUCAAAGAUUAGUAUAAUUUAUGAUCCAUACAGUCAGAGCAUCAUAAACUCCUCACCAGAAUUAAUGUUAUACAGUAUUACGGUCGAGAAACACCACCAUUCAUAAAUAGAAAGUAAACCAGCUGAUUUGCAAUCAUGUGAAUAUGUCAAUCUGCAUAAUUUGGCAUCUUCUGUUGCAUGACUUAACACUUAGUACAUAUUUCUUUUGCAAGCACUCUUUUGUAAUUCUCAUUAUGACUACCUCUGAGAGACUUAGACAUAGAGCUUCAACAGCACUACUCACAAAAAUACUCAGUCAUGUUGGCAUCAUGUGCAUACAUCAGUCUCAUAAAUAUUUAGGAUCCUGUUAUUUAAGUAUUUUUUUUAUAUAUAUAUUAUGUAAGUUUGCUUGCACAAUGUAAUUGUAAAAUUUUAAAUGUACUUGACUGUUAAACUCUGGAGGAUGAUGAGAAUGAGAAACUUUGCUACUUAUUGUUUUGAAGUUGAUAUAUUUCAAGUGACUUGGUAGAUUGUUUCUUAGUGCUUUCUUAUAAAUAUUAUAUUUGUGUAUAUUUAUAUUUGGUGCUAUUUCUUUUAAACUAUGUAUACAUGACUGUGCUGCUACACAGUAAACUAAUGGAUCAUCUGAAACUCCUUUUUUAAAUCCAGAAUACAGGAGAGGGAAAUAUUAAGCAACAGAAUGAUUUGUUUCUUUAAAUGUUAUUUAUUUGUUUGGUUUUGUGGAUCAUGGCUUUUACAUUGUUAGUGAUUUAUAAAUUAUAAAUAAGUUUCCAGACCAGUAGAGGAUUUUGUCAUGGGUCGCAGUGUGCUUAACAUCAUUGUACCAAUACAGCAGCCUGUUUGUUUUCUGCUUUCAGCUGCAUAUGUUAUAGGAUGUUGUUAUAUUUUGACUGGAAUAAUAUCUUGCAGUCUAAUGACUGAUUUAUUUUUA